AUGUCACUGUGACUUUUGUCAGUUUAUUUUUGUUUUGAUUCUUUCUAGGCUGUAUAAUUGAACUCCAGUUAUUAAUUUGCAAAACACCUUUUUCCUUCAUAUUCAUUUUUGAAAAUGAGUCGCAGAAAACGAGCGAAGGUUGAGACCCGGGAAUUAGAAGAGAAAUUAAAACAAGAUGAUUCGGAAUCUGAUCAGUCUGAGAAGAGUAAGAUUACCUCGUCUAGCCCGACGUCAGUUGGAGGUCGGCGGGAGUCAUCUUCGAGCCGUACAGCCGAUGCUAAAGACAAAAAGGAGGAGUCGAAAACUGAAGACACCAAAAAUGAUGAUAUUGAAGAAAUUAAUUACAAAGAAAUGCUUAAUAGUUUAGAAGGAGCAGCAUUUCAAUCACGACUGCCGUUUGACAAGAUGUCAUCAUUGGAAGCUGAGUGUUUCUCAGAUUUGGUGGGACCAUCAAGCCAUACUUUUGUACAGAUAAGAAACCGCAUACUGAAGUUAUGGUUUGAAGAUCCUAAGAAGCAAUUGACUCAAGAACUUGCUGUGCAGAAGAUGGAAGCACCAUACAAUGGAGACCCUGCACUGGUGAUGAGGACUCAUGCAUUCUUAGAAAGACAUGGGUUUAUAAACUAUGGUAUUUAUGAGCGUACUACACCAAUUCCAACUCCGCCUAAAGGGAAGCAGAGACCAAAAGUCAUCAUCAUUGGAGCUGGAGUUUCUGGUCUGGCUGCUGCCCGCCAGUUGCUUUCGUUUGGCUGCGAAGUAGUUAUACUGGAGGGCAGGGACAGAGUUGGAGGAAGGAUUGUGACAUACCGAAAAGGCCCUUAUGUGGCUGACUUAGGCGCUAUGGUGGUGACUGGUUUGGGAGGUAAUCCUGUGACUACUCUCUCUGUACAAAUGAAUAUGGAACUGCAUAAGAUCAAACAGAAAUGCCCUCUUUACGAAGCAACGGGAAAUCAAGUACCAAAACAUAAAGAUGAAAUGGUGGAACGUGAAUUUAACAGACUUCUUGAUGCUACGUCCUAUCUGUCACACCAAGUGGAUUUCAACUAUUAUAACGACACGCCCGUCUCUCUAGGCCAAGCAUUGGAAUGGGUAAUCAAACUACAGCAGAAGAAUGUCAAGCACAAACAGAUACAACAUCACAAGGCUCUUAUAACUUUGCAAGAAAGACUGAAGACUAAUAUUAAUAAAAUGUCGGAUUUGAAGGAACUUUUAAAUUCAAUGAAGACAGAGAAGGAUGCUUUGCUCGUAGAGAGAGAUAAGGGUGUGACGGGGGACGCCAGUAUCCUGCAAGAGUUCAAUCUGCGUCGCCUCAACAGAGAGAUGAACCUGCUUUGUAAUGAAUACGACGCGCUCGUGUCAACUAACAGUACGGUCGAGGAAAAGAUAGCGCAGCUUGAAACUAAUCCGCCAAGUUCGGUGUAUCUGUCGGUGCGCGAUCGACAAAUCCUGGACUGGCAUUUCGCUAACUUGGAGUUCGCGAACGCUACUCCGCUGGGCAACUUGUCGCUGAAGCAUUGGGACCAAGACGACGACUUCGAAUUCACCGGGAACCAUCUAACAGGUAAGUGGGCGGAGAACUGCUUGGGUAACCGAGAGAUGGUUCGACUGAUACAUCUUCAAAACGCAUACGCAAUACCUACCAUUUUCAUCAUCGUAAUGUCAGAUAUUCACGCUUGAUCUUUAAAGCCUCGAAACAAAAGUUUAUUGAAAAUAUCCGUCGAUGGGAAAAUUACAUUUUUAUAGGCCGUUUACGCUGUCGAAGAUUUUCAAAAUCGCGUGUUUACACAGGCGCUAAAAUUUCAUCAGCAACAAGGGAUCACUCGAUAGAAUAUCCUCCCUAGUUGAAUUAUGUAAGCUCGUGCUUUGAUAUGAUAAGGCGAGGGAGCGAUCGGAGCCAGUGCUCUCAUUGUGUUGGCCAUAAUCUUGCGUAUCGCGUAGGACUCGUGUCGGAAUGCGAGUUUAUUUUAAUAUUUAAUAACUCCCGGGCGGGCAAAGAUACCGUCUUCUCAGAGGCGAUUCUCUGCUCGUUUUUCCUCUGUUAUCGCAUUGCUUUUGUGUCACGCUUUCGCUCUUAUUCGUUUUACUUAAUCACGCCGCUGAUCAGCUCGAGUGGUUGGUCGGGUUCGCAAAUCAGAUCGAUACUCAUUUUACUUUAUAACUUUUUUGAAAGAUUAAGUGAAAAUACGUAUGGCCUUCACUCAAUUAACAGUCGAUAAAUAAUAAAGCUAAAGUAAAUAAUACGCAAUACAAAUAAGGCACCUAUUGUACACUCAGAAAUAAAUUGUAAACAUAAUUACAGGGCAUCACGAGUGCGCGCCAAAGCCUUGGAGAGCGCCAUCAGUUUCUUUGAGCUGUUAAAUUUGACGCCUCCCUACAUAAAUUGUUGGAAAGAGCGCCGAGCGCACGUGACGCGCAAAUAAAAAUACUAAUUCAAGUGGGAAUUUAUCAUCUAAUUGUUUUGUAUUUAUGAGCUCGCCGGCACAUUGUUGUGCGGCGAUAGCUGCAACCGCCCGACGCCCCACAUAAAGCAGAGUAACGAACGCAGGUACUUUAGAUGGCUUCGGUUAACGUCGUGACUAGCACUAUUAACCUGAUGUUAAUAUAUUUCGGCUCAGAUUACGUUUUACUUUUCAGCUUGUCACAGUAAACCUCGGUCGCUAGGGCGCAACCUUAGGUGCGCAUUAAUUUAUCAAGCAAGCUUUUACCAUAAUGAUGGUCGUGGCUGAAACUAGGUCAGGCAAGUCAUCUGAAUCCAACGAGUACUUUUUAAUUCUGCUCGGUUGCACGCAUAUCUCUAUUUCUUCGUAUUAUUUAUUUUGCACUGUAUUUAUUAUUAUUUACCUUGUGUACGGGGACGUCAAGGCUGUUAGACGUUACAGAUAAAAAGCGUGCCCAAGAAGCUACCCUCGACGUUUUUGGUGGUUUUUGAAACUGCGCCAACGAUUUAUUUGUUGUCUGCUUUACCCUUCUGGCGCCGUCGAUUCGGAAGGAAACACUUCACUUUAAUAUUUUUUUACUCUCAACCUCCGGAAUUGAUUAAACGUGAAGAAUUUAAUGUGGCGCAACGUCGAUCGCCGAUCCCGGAGUCGAUUGCGAAUCUGGCGUGGGAAAAUAGGCUUUAUUGAGUAUUUAUGGAAGUUAAACAUUUUGGGAUUCUAGUGUAUUGGUUUCCUCUUGUAAUCGCCGUUAAUUUAAGUCUUGAUUUACAUAACGUGCAGGUUGAUGUAGAAUUGAAUGUUCUUCUUUUAUAGUUAAUUUUUAUAAACAAGACAAAAUUUACUGUAGAUAGGUUAAUCAUUCUACUUCCCAGCUAUUAGAUUGAAAUGAUUCUAUUAUGAAGAUGAUAGACAUGGUGGUCGCGUGUAGUAAAAAUAGCACGGUUGUUAAGCACGAGGCUCUUGUAAGUAAAGAUAACGUUCAUGAAUGAGUGACAAACAAAUUGUCUGUCAGUCAAACGAUUGCCGCCGGCAUUGUCUGAACGCAAACGAGUUUUAUUAUUAUAAUUUUAGAAACAUGGUUACAACUCAAUAUACAA